AUGGGGAUCACCCAGACGGCUCCCCUUGUCCUUCUCCUUGCGCUGCUGCUCGCCGUCACUUCUCUGAGCAGUGCCGAUCUGUACGGAAAUCCACCCCCACCUUUCGCCGUCAAGGGGAAGACCUUCCCGCCGGAGUCAACCUUAUGCAUAGACCCCAGUAAGUCCUGCUUCGGCCAGAGUAUCAAGUGCCCGGACCAGUGCCCUAUGGCCAGGCCAGCCGACCCAAAGGCUAAAGCCUGCUUCAUUGACUGCAACUCUCCCAAGUGCGAGGCCACCUGCAGGAGUCAGUAGCUUCAGCACUACUCCUUCUCACUUCUGUUUGCUACAUACUGUAACCACAUGAACAGUUGAUCUAGUUCAGACCAAAGGCCUUAAUCAUAGGGUUUCGCUGCUGUUGUCUUGGUUCAGACAGGAAACCUGACUGCGAGGGCAACGGGGCGGCGUGCUACGACCCGAGGUUCGUCGGCGGGGACGGGAUCAUGUUCUACUUCCACGGCAGGGCGGGCCACUACUUCACCCUCGUCUCUGACUCCACCCUCCAGGUCAACGCCCGCUUCAUCGGCCAUCGGCCCCCCGGGAGAACCCGUGACUUCACCUGGAUCCAAGCUCUCGGCCUCAUGUUCGAUGCCCACACAUUCACCGUCGGCGCCACGAACCCCGCCGUCUGGGACGGCGGCGUUGACAGACUGGAAUUCUCCUACGACGGCGCACCGGUUUGGAUCCACGAGGGGCACCUCUCCACGUGGACUUCCCCUGACGGCAAGCUCGAAGUGGAGCGCACGGCGAGGGUCAACAGCGUCGCCGUGACGCUCCCAGGGGUCUUCGAGAUCACCGUCUCCGUCGUCCCCGUCACAAAGGAGGACGACAGGAUCCACAGCUACCGUCUCCCCGACGGCGACUGUUUCGCCCACAUGGAGGUGCAGUUCAGGUUCUUCGAGCUCUCGGACAAAGCGGAGGGCGUCCUGGGGCAGACCUACAGGCCAGACUUCCGCAGCCCCGUGAAGAGAGGCGUUCCCAUGCCGGUCAUGGGCGGCGAGGAUAAGUACACCACGUCAUCCCUCCUCUCAUCCGACUGCAAGUACUGCAUCUUCUCGCCGGUGAGCUCCACCGCCGCGGAAGCGCUGAUGCGGCGCUCCGACGAUGCCGCCGCCGCCUGGGACUGCACCGGCAGGAUGAGCGACGGGUACGGGACGCUCUGCCGCCGGUGA